AGGCACCACUGGGAAGGACUGACGGAGGAAUCUUGGAAGUACAAGGCAUUGUAAACAGUAGUAAUAAAAUAAUGUGAUUGGACCUAAUCGGAAAUCUAUAAUCAUCCAUUAUCGUUGUCUCCUCCUGGUUUUGCUGAUUGUCGUCUCAAUCAAUUUUGCUUCUUCCUGUUUCAAAAGCCAGGUCUCCUCUUUCUCAUCCAUCGCUUUUCUUCAUCUUCCCAUCCUCUGAGCAAGCAAAAAGUAGGCGCAGAACAAAGAUGUCUUCCUCAAGCAAGCGGCGAGAGAUGGACUUGAUGAAACUGAUGAUGAGUGAUUACAAGGUGGAGAUGAUCAAUGAUGGAAUGCAAGAGUUUUAUGUGCAUUUCCAUGGACCUAAUGACAGUCCUUAUCAUGGAGGUGUUUGGAAAGUAAGAGUUGAACUGCCUGAUGCUUAUCCCUAUAAAUCACCCUCCAUAGGCUUUGUCAAUAAGAUCUAUCACCCAAAUGUUGAUGAGAUGUCAGGUUCAGUUUGUCUGGAUGUUAUCAAUCAAACCUGGAGCCCCAUGUUUGAUCUUGUUAAUGUAUUUGAGGUGUUUCUUCCACAACUUCUUUUGUAUCCCAACCCAUCCGACCCUUUGAAUGGAGAAGCUGCAGCUUUAAUGAUGCGUGACCGAGCUGCUUAUGAUCAAAGGGUUAAAGAAUACUGCCAGAAGUUUGCGAAGCCUGAAGACAUCGGAGCUGCUGCAGAAGAGAAAUCCAGCAGCGAUGAGGAGCUGACUGAGGAUGAAUUUGACUCCAGUGAUGAACAGGUGGCUGGUAAAGCUGACCCUUAGCCACAUAAGCCUACUUUAUCAUUCAAUCUGCCUGUAUUUUAUCUGUACAUUAUGGUAUACUGCUAAAUAUCUUAUCUCAUGUAACGAACUUGAUUGUUGACAAGGGGGAACAAAUUCCCUUCCCUCUUAGUUUCCUGUCGCUGUAAAUAAUGUCACAUUGAUUUCCUGAUGCAAUAUUUUUCUUCUCAAAA